AGAGGGAGAGAGCGACGCGCAGAGGGAGCUGCGGACGCUGCUUUGCGAUCAGCGAGCCUCGCCGCCACACACACACCGAUACACCGAUACACACACACACACACUCACAGGCACACUGCGCCUAUCUCCAGAACCGCCCAGCCUCCGAGUGCACCGUGGAGCCGCGCAGACAUGGCUGGGCUUCGCUGAAAGAGAGAGAGCGGGGAGGAGAGAAGAGACUAUUCUGCAUACAGACCCACACUGAGUCUGCCUGUCGGGUCCACUAUCUCUCUAUCUCUCUCUUUAUCAAUUUAUCCAUCUAUCUAACGUUAUCUCUCUAUCAGUCGCUUUAGACACCUCCAUCUCCUGAAGCCCUUAUGCGCCGCUGCGGCGUGGAGACCGCAGAGCAGCGCUGACAGCCAGCCUCGCCUGAGAGAAGAGAGAGAACAGAGAGAGAGAGAAGGAGAGAGAAGAGAGAGAGAGAGAGAGACAGACAGAGCGGACCAGAGUGAUUUUAUUCCCUGUUUCAGACGGACAAUGGCGGACCGCGAUGCGCUGCCCCUUCCUCUGGAAGUGCGAGCCAGAUUAGCUGAACUGGAGCUGGAGUUAUCUGAAGGUGACAUCACACAGAAAGGCUAUGAGAAGAAGAGGGCAAAACUACUCGGAGCUUAUCUUCCACAGCCUCCAGGGCUGGAAGCAUCCAUGGCACACGAACGCAGACCGCCCAUGGGCCCCUCCUCCGCCUCCCGAUACCACCGCAGACGCUCCUCUGGCACCCGGGAUGAACGCUACAGAUCAGACGUGCACACGGAAGCGGUACAAGCAGCCCUCGCCAAACACAAAGAGAGGAAAGUGGCCGUCCCCAUGCCGUCGAAACGCCGCUCUCUGGUGGUCCAGACCUCCAUGGAUGCCUACACCCCUCCAGGCCUCUCCCCGCUUUCGUCUAUCCUGCCCCCCCUGACAGACACGUCGUCCGGCUCGGAGGAGGAGGGCGGGCAGGGCGAGGGGACGCCGACGUCCAGUCAGGGCAGCGUCAGCAUGGACCACUGGAUCAGCCGCGCCAUCCACCAGGGCUCCACCACCUCCUCCUCGUCCUCCAGCACGCAAAGCGGUGGCAGCGGGGCAGCGGGACGCCUGGCCGACGUCCUCGCCCAGACACACGUCAGCAAGUCAGGGCCGAUCGCUCACCUCUCACUGAAGCGGAAAACUAUGCUCGGCGUAGCUGAGAACGGCAACUCGCUGCGUCGCUCCUGUGAGUUCGGAUCUGACCUCCUCUGGCCACCCCCCUUGGAGUCGGAUGAGAACCACUCGGCCCCGCCGGACGUCACCACCUACACCUCGGAGCACCCAGUCCAGGUGGAGCGGCCACAGGUGUCCACUGUGCCCCGGACCACGCCCAAAUACGGCAAUGCCGAGCUCAUGGAGACCGGAGAUGGAGUUCCGGUCAGCAGUCGAGUCUCUGCUAAGAUCCAGCAGCUGGUGAACACUCUGAAGCAGCCGAGGAGGCCUCCGCUCCGGGAGUUUUUCGUUGAUGACUUUGAGGAGCUUCUUGAGGUCCAACAGCCUGACCCGAACCAGCCUCGGCCGGAGGGAGCCCAAAUGCUGACCAUGCGAGGGGAUCAGCUGGGCGUGGUGACAAACUGGCCUCCGUCCCUGGAGGCAGCUCUGCAGCGCUGGGGCACUAUCUCCCCUAAAGCCCCAUGCCUCACCACCAUGGACACCAACGGCAAGCCCCUCUACGUCCUCACUUAUGGGAAGCUUUGGUCGCGGAGCAUCAAAGUAGCCUACAACAUCCUCCACAAACUGGGAACCAAGCAGGAGCCCAUGGUCCGGCCAGGAGACCGGGUGGCGCUGGUCUUCCCUAACAACGAUCCCGCCGCUUUCAUGGUGGCCUUCUACGGCUGCUUGCUGGCUGAGGUGGUGCCCGUGCCCAUCGAGGUGCCACUCACCAGGAAGGACGCAGGCAGCCAGCAGAUUGGUUUUCUUCUGGGCAGCUGUGGGGUGACGGUGGCUUUGACCAGCGAUGCGUGCCAUAAGGGGCUGCCCAAAGGACCCACCGGGGAAAUACCCCAGUUCAAAGGGUGGCCCAAGCUGCUGUGGUUCGUCACAGAGUCCAAACACCUCUCCAAGCCACCGCGCGACUGGUUCCCUCAUAUCAAAGACGCAAACAAUGACACCGCCUAUAUAGAAUAUAAGACCUGUAAGGAUGGAAGUGUUUUGGGCGUGACGGUGAUGAGGAUCGCUUUGCUCACACACUGCCAGGCCCUCACACAGUCUUGUGGAUACACAGAGGCUGAGACCAUAGUGAAUGUAUUAGACUUUAAGAAGGAUGUUGGAUUGUGGCACGGCAUUCUGACGAGCGUGAUGAAUAUGAUGCACGUGAUCAGCAUUCCCUACUCCCUGAUGAAGGUCAACCCGCUCUCUUGGAUUCAGAAAGUGUGCCAGUACAAAGCUAAAGUGGCGUGUGUGAAGAGCAGAGAUAUGCACUGGGCCUUGGUGGCCCACAGGGACCAGAGAGACAUCAACCUGAGCUCACUGCGCAUGCUGGUGGUGGCUGACGGAUCCAACCCAUGGUCUAUCUCGUCAUGUGACGCAUUCCUAAACGUCUUCCAGAGUAAGGGGCUGAGGCCGGAGGUCAUUUGUCCGUGUGCCAGCUCCCCUGAAGCUCUCACUGUGGCAAUCAGGAGGCCCACAGAUGACAGCAACCAGCCGCCGGGUCGAGGGGUCCUGUCCAUGCAGGGUCUGAGCCAUGGAGUCAUCAGAGUGGACACGGAGGAGCGUCUCUCUGUACUGACAGUGCAGGACGUGGGCACGGUCAUGCCUGGAGCUUUGAUGUGUGUGGUGAAACCAGAGGGAGUUCCUCAGCUGUGCCGAACUGAUGAGAUCGGAGAGUUGUGCGUGUGUUCAGUCGCCACGGGAACAUCGUACUAUGGGCUCUCAGGCAUGACGAAGAACACCUUUGAGGUUUUCCCCAUGAGUAACUCUGGUGCUCCUAUCAGUGAGUACCCCUUCACUCGGACGGGCCUGCUGGGCUUCGUAGGGCCGGGGGGCUUGGUCUUCAUUGCUGGCAAGAUGGACGGCCUUAUGGUGGUCAGUGGGAGGAGGCACAAUGCAGAUGAUAUUGUUGCCACCGCGUUGGCUGUGGAGCCCAUGAAGUUUGUGUAUAGGGGCAGGAUAGCCGUAUUCUCUGUGACGGUGCUGCAUGACGAGCGUAUUGUGGUGGUGGCUGAGCAGAGGCCUGACUCCACUGAGGAGGACAGCUUUCAGUGGAUGAGUCGAGUGCUGCAGGCGAUAGAUAGCAUCCACAAUGUGGGUGUGUUCUGUCUGGCCCUGGUCCCAGCGAACACCCUUCCCAAGACGCCCCUUGGCGGGAUUCACCUGUCGGAGACCAAACAGCUGUUCCUGGAGGGCUCGCUGCACCCCUGCAACGUGCUCAUGUGCCCCCACACCUGCGUCACCAACCUGCCCAAACCCAGGCAGAAACAGCCAGAGAUCGGGCCGGCUUCAGUAAUGGUAGGAAACCUGGUGUCGGGGAAGAGGAUCGCACAGGCCAGCGGCAGAGACCUGGGACAGAUCGAAGACAAUGAUCAGGCAAGAAAGUUCCUCUUCUUGUCUGAGGUAUUACAGUGGCGGGCGCAGACCACCCCGGACCAUGUGCUCUUCACUCUGCUCAGCUCACGGGGGGCAAUCCUGAGCUCGCUGACGUGUCUGCAACUGCAUAAACGGGCGGAGAAGAUUGCGGCCAUGCUGAUGGAGAGAGGACACCUGCAGGAUGGAGACCAUGUAGCUCUGGUUUACCCGCCAGGUAUAGACCUAAUUGCAGCCUUUUACGGGUGCCUGUAUGCCGGCUGUGUGCCCAUCACUGUGCGCCCGCCGCACCCUCAGAACAUCGCCACCACCCUGCCCACUGUGAAGAUGAUUGUUGAGGUGAGUCGGUCAGCCUGUGUGAUGACCACACAGGUCAUAUGCAAGCUGUUGAAGUCGAAGGAAGCGUCUGCCGCAGUGGACGUCAGGACGUGGCCUCCUGUCCUUGACACAGAUGAUCUGCCAAAGAAGAAGCCCCCUCAACUAUACAAGCCCUCCAACCCGGACACGCUGGCCUACCUGGACUUCAGUGUGUCCACCACAGGAAUGCUAGCAGGAGUAAAGAUGUCUCACUCCGCCACCAGUGCCUUCUGCCGCUCAAUCAAGCUCCAGUGUGAGCUGUACCCCUCUCGCGAGGUGGCCAUCUGCCUGGACCCGUACUGCGGCCUGGGCUUCGUCCUCUGGUGCCUCUGCAGUGUGUACUCAGGGCACCAGUCCAUCCUGAUCCCACCGUCGGAGCUGGAAGUGAACCCGGCGCUCUGGCUGCUGGCUGUCAGUCAGUUCCGUGUCAGAGACACCUUCUGUUCAUACUCAGUCAUGGAGCUGUGCACCAAGGGCCUGGGCCUGCAGACCGAAUCACUUAAGUCUCGAGGCUUGGAUCUGUCCCGUGUGAGGACGUGUGUGGUGGUGGCGGAGGAGAGGCCCCGGAUAGCUCUCACUCAGUCUUUCUCCAAACUCUUUAAAGACCUGGGUCUGCACCCGCGCGCCGUCAGCACCUCCUUCGGCUGCAGAGUCAACCUGGCCAUCUGCCUGCAGCCUCACAGGCUUGGGAAGCUUGAUCAGGGCACCUCUGGACCAGACCCAACUACUGUGUAUGUGGAUAUGAGAGCCCUCAGACACGACAGAGUGCGGCUGGUCGAGCGAGGCUCUCCGCACAGCCUGCCCUUAAUGGAGUCUGGAAAGAUUUUACCCGGAGUAAGAAUCAUCAUCGCUAAUCCAGAGACCAAGGGUCCUUUAGGAGAUUCUCAUCUUGGCGAGAUCUGGGUGCACAGUGGUCAUAACGGCAGCGGUUACUUCACCGUGUACGGAGACGAGGCUCUGCAGUCUGAUCACUUUAACUCCCGCCUGAGCUUUGGAGACACGCAGACUGUGUGGGCGCGUACUGGAUACCUGGGGUUCCUGCGCCGGACUGAGCUGACCGACGCCAGUGGAGAGAGGCAUGAUGCGCUGUAUGUGGUUGGGGCUCUGGAUGAGGCAAUGGAGCUGAGGGGGAUGAGAUACCACCCCAUCGACAUUGAGACCUCCGUCAUCCGGGCACACAAGAGCAUCAUGGAGUGCGCGGUGUUCCCUUGGACUAACCUGCUGGUGGUGGUGGUGGAGCUGGAGGGCUCGGAGCAGGAGGCUCUGGAUCUGGUGCCGUUGGUGACCAACGCAGUGUUGGAGGAGCAUUACUUGAUCGUGGGCGUGGUGGUGGUGGUGGACGUCGGCGUUAUUCCCAUCAACUCCCGCGGGGAGAAGCAGAGAAUGCAUCUGCGAGACGGUUUCCUCGCCGACCAGCUGGACCCCAUCUACGUGGCCUAUAAUAUGUAGCCCCAGUGUGUGUGUGUGUGUGUGUGUGUGUGCUUAUUUGUGUGUAUGCUGAUUGCUAAUGACUGACUGAGUCCUCUUAAUGAAGAGAGAGAAAACAGACAGAGGGAGAAUUCCUGAGUAAAAAACGUGAUUCCUCUGAGAGACAGAGACCUGAAGCGCUUCAUUCUGGAGGAAAGGAAGAGACUGUCUUUCUCCAGGAUGAGGGAGGAAGAGGAGAGCUCCUGCUGCUUUUGCUCGUUUGGAUAUUUGGCUUUUUACGAGUGUGUUGCUUUGUUUUCAUGUACGGUAUCGCAGCGUUGCUCAUUUUAAGUCAUGACCCUACAUGAGCGAAGGAUUCUGAAGUGUCUACAUACUGUGGCGAAACUGUGUAUUUUCGGUUUACUGUUGAAAAGCGUUACGCAUAUUAGAAACGAUGCAGGACACUUUUUUCCGUCCGAUCAUUUAACAGAGGUACAAAACCGAUUGCUACAUUUUUAUGUAUAAUUGCAGCCGUCCUCCAGCAUUUUGCCAGUUUACGUUUCUUUCUUUUUUAUUUUUUGACCUUUGUAAAUGUCCCUCCAGCAGGAUGCGAAAGAAAACGAUCCCCUGCUUUCUCGAUUACAUGUUUAAUAUCAUUGUACAAAGCUGAAGGUAAACACAAAAGUCGAGCUGAUAUUGUGUAAUUAUGUACAGAAAAUAGUUAUUAUUUAUUUUGUUCUUUUUAGAAGUGUGUGAGAGAAGACAUUUGGAAAUGUUUUCCUCAUUAAAUAAUAUUGCUAAUAUAAAAAAAAAACAACAAAAGCAUUGUAUCAUCUUGAGUGAGUAGAAUCACAUCAAGUAUAUGUAAAAAUAUAAAUAUACAAAUGAUAUAUAAAUAUAUAAAUAAAUAAAUCUCUAUAUAAAUAUAUAUUAAAAUACGAUCUAGGAGUCACCAAUGAAAAGUUUCCGAUGCAGUACUUGCCACUUGCAUGGUGUCUGUUUGUAGGCUGAUGUCUGAUGAACGUUGAACACGCACACCAGUGAAAGCGCGAAUAAUAAAAAAAAGCAUCACCGUGAGCGCGAGAGGCGAGAGAGAGGCGAAACAUCUUUUUUUUAAUUGGAGGGAUGCAUCGUGUUUAACGCCCUUAGGAAAAUAAUUCUUACCAUGUGCCUGGAGCUCUGUUUACACACAGUGUCACACCUUUGGCAGAACUGCUGCACAACUUCUAACGUUGUUCGGUAUUUUGCGCUCAUUUUGCUUUUCGCGUCCUUCUUUGUUUUUUUUCUUUACGCAAAAUUUCAUUUCUGCAAUCAUUUAUUUAUUACAGGUUAAUACAGCAGUUGCAUACCAAUCAGUGCUUUUGCUCACAAUCACCACCAGUAAGAAAAGAACCAGGGACCCGAGAGAGAGAGAGCUGCCGCUCUGUUUAUGGUAAGAUUGCGUGAGAGUUAACCUCGUAACCCCGCCUGUUCCGCUGUGUUCCUGCACCAGUCUACUGACUCUCAUAACGAACUGGCAAAUCGUACAGCCAAGGAAGUGCAGGUUUAUGCAAUAUACAAUCCUGACACACGAGCAGGCGACAAUUACACAGCAGCUGAUCAAUGUUGAGCAUUAAUAAUAAUAAUAAUAAUAAAAAAGCAAACAAAUAUUCACUUGUACCUUACAUAACGACAUCACGAUUGGCUCAUUAGUGCUUUUUUUCUUAAAAAAAAUUUGUAAACUGUAAAAAUAGCAGUCAUUUAAAGUUUUCCUGCCUUAUUGCUGCAUUACACUGUUUAGGGUUGCAUUGUCCAGCGUGGAGUAGCUAAUCUCAAGGUGCGGAUCAUAUCAGUGCUGUCCAGCCGUCCCCAGUACCGAUAAUCUGGACCUUUUUUGCGUAAGUGUAUUUAAAGUUUGUACUGUGUAUGGGAACCAAGUUUACACUUCUUCAGAGUGACAAUGCAAAUCUUUCUUUUUUUACGUUUGUUUUUGUUUAGUUUUUUUUUUUUUAAAGAAGGAAAGAGGUCUUAAUGUAUGUACUCGAAAGCAUUAGUGUUGUCAUUCCCAUACGGAAAGUAAAAAAAAAAAAUGGAAAAAUGUUUUCCCCAUUUGGAAGAGAGAAAAAAAUGUGCACAUAACUUUCAACCUGUGACGUUCCUUCCCUCUUUUGUUGGAAAUCUUAGACUUACUACGUGAGAGGGUCUGCAUGGUGUGUGUAAAUAUUGUUGGUUACAGAAAAAACAAACAAACAAAAAAAACAAUUAUUUUGUAUGGUGCAGGUGUGUUUGAAAUUCUGUUUUGUACACAUAAUUAAAAGUAUUAAAUAACA